AUGACAUUAGUAUUUGGCGUUUGGACAUGGUGGUCUACGCUGAUUUUGUUGUUGUUGCGGUUUACUUACGGUGUCGAUGAAAUAUAUUCAUUGAGUAAUACAACUCUGACAUCGGUUUCGACAACAUCAGUUGGACCAGCAUCCGCCGACAAACUAGGACAACGAUUGUUGUUUAUUGCAGGUGUUCCACGAUGUGAAUCUAACUAUGACUGCGUUCACAAUGGAUUAUGUCGUAAAGAUACCGAUGGAUAUGGGAGGUGUUUAUGUCCAAGAAGUUGUCCACCAUGUACGAAAGCUGAAUGGCUUAAUGUUAUUUCUGGAGCUUCAUUCUAUUACCGCCACCGACAGAGGUAUCGAUACGAGUUGCCAUGUGGUGUUAUGGAUCCUAGUUAUGCGAAGAAGUACGAACUUCCCAGUCCACAGUGUCAUCAGGGUCGUUGCUCGUGUCCUCCAAUGUUCGAUAACUGGAAAACUAGUGAAUCACCGGUGUUAAAUCUACUGCCAACGAAAUGUGAUAGACGUGAAUUGGCCGUGCUUGGUAUAGCGUACCCGUCAGAUGCAGUUUACAAGGGCACCGACGUAACGCUGUAUUGUUGUGUAAAUAUGGAUCCACAAGGACUGAUUGAUGUAGCAGGGAUGACGGAGUUCGAAAAAAUGAAUACGCCAUACUGUUGGGAGUUAGAAAUUCGAAACGUGCAACUGUCGGACAGUGGUUCGUAUAUGUGUCAUGUCAAUGCCAAUCAACAGCCGUCUGUAAAUUACACAAUAGAAUUCCAAGUUAAAGCUCCACGAACGAUCCAAAAUUUGACGAUAACCACGAACGAUAUUUCCGCCAAUGUUAGCUGGGAUGUCCAGCAAGGGCCGCAGUUGAAAAUUGGCUUGAGAUUGGUGCGACGCACAGGCUUGAAUGGUCAGGAAGUGUUCACACAAAUGAAUGCCGUAUCUCCGGUUAUGAUUGGAAAUCUGCGUGCAGCAACACCUUACAAACUGUAUGUGACUGUAAAUGACAGUCAAACAGAUUCUUUUGAGAUCACUGAGCUCUUCAAUACAGCUGAAAGCAAGCCACAUCCGCCAAAGUACGAAGACGUUCGACUGCUAAACUCUGGUUCUUCACUAAUUUGUGAGGUUGAGUGGAGAGCGCCAGCGUUAACGAAUGGGAGAAUCAGUAGAUACUACGUGAGGGUUCAAGGUGUUGUACGUCAUGUACGUCCAGGUGGUGCUUUGGUUGCUGACGAUUUUCCACCGCCAACAGAUGAAGAAAAAUGUGCCAAUUGGGAUGAACGUGAAGAUGUUUCACACGGGAUCAAUCCUAUCGAAUUUACCACAGAAUUUCUGUCUUGCAAGUAUGGACCACUGAAGCCUAACCGAAAUUACACAGUAAUAGUUUGGGCAGAGAAUUCGGCAGGUCGCUCAUCACCGUUGGUAUUUCCUAGGCAGUGCGUCACUAACUACGCCCAGCCGGAUGUGGUGGAAAAACCAAUAACUUCAACGAAUUCGAACCACACAUCGUUUAAUUUAGCCUUUAAUUCCAAGCCAGAUGAUACGAAUGGGCCAAUUAGCUGUUACUAUAUCAGCAUAGUUCCGUUGUUAAAAAAUGUCUCAUUGGAAACGCUUCCUCCCCCACAGGAAAUAGUGAUGGAUACUGUUUCCAAGGCUUUCAACAACAAUUUGAAUGCGUUAGCAGCUGAAAAGAGAAGGUUUUUCGCCUAUAUCGCCGAGAGUUACACCGAUUAUCCAGCUGAUACCGUAAUUGGAGAUGGACGAGGCGUAGCGGGAAUGAAACCAUGUAGUGUAUUGUAUCUUAGUCGCUACAAAGCAGAGGAUGUUGUUUUACGACCUGGAUUGAAAUACACUGGCUUUUUGAUCGUCAGAGUUGACAAGGAUGACAGAGAUGAUAUGCAAGGAGGGACACAAUACACUAGAAUUUUGGAUCCACUACGACCCCGAUCAUAUCGCCAGCUUCAUCUGAGUGGGCCUGCCUAUGGUUUUAGCGGUUUCUUUAAGCCAGUUUUUCUCGAACCAGAAGAUGAGAAAAGUACACUUGGAGCAUUCUUUACGAUCUUAGUACCUUUAAUGGUAUUUCUAACCAUGGCAGCAGUGAUGGGAUUGCUUGUGUUACACAAACGCGGUGAAGUUUCACAAUGGUGCCACUGGCUAUGGAUGUCAAAAGAUUCAUCAGCAGCGACUGAACGAACCCUCCUCCGUCCAUCAGCUUACAAUGCGAUUAUGGUUGACGAUUUACCAUCCGAGUAUCUAAUGAGGCAUCGAGAUUCAGACUUCUUAUUUGCCCAAGAAUAUGAAGCUCUUCCUCACUACAAACUAGAUGCUGUUGCCAGUGCGAAGAAAGAAAAUGCUAAUAAGAAUAGGUAUAAUGACAUUCGGGCUUUUGAUGCAACACGCGUUAAGCUUCGUGUGUUAAAUGGCGAUGAAAAUUCUGACUAUAUCAAUGCUAACUUUGUCAAGGGUUGGGACGAUCGAAAAAUUUUCAUCGCUGCACAAGCCCCACUCGAUUGCACUAUAACUGAUUUCUGGCGGAUGAUUUGGGAGCAAGACUGUAGAUUAAUAGUUAUGGUAGCUAAUCUUUUCGAAAAAAAUCGUCAGCAGUGUACGAAGUAUUGGCCAGAUGAUCAGCAUACGAGAUACGGUGACCUAUUGGUAACUCCACAAGAGUCCUCUUACUUUGCGGACUAUGCGGUUCGAUGUUUCGAUGUUGAACCAGUAACCGAUCGUUACAAUAGGAUGUCACCUGGAGGAAGAUCCGACAUAGGAUCGAUUGAGUCCACUCCAGGGUCAGAAUAUGCAAAUGUGCCCUCGGUUCGACAUUCUAAUGGGCAUGCGGAAACAUCUUUCGUUGGAAUAGGAAAUGGCAAAUUGGUACGACGGGUUGUGCAGUAUCAUUUCACGAACUGGAAUGACUACAAGGCUCCCGAGUGCUCCACUGGUCUGCUGCGGUUUCUCAAUCGUUUACGAGCUUUACCAGAGUUCAAUGAUUAUCCUGUUAUAAUUCACUGCAGUGCUGGUGUCGGUCGAACGGGAACGUUUAUUGCCAUUGAUAGUAUGCUAGAUCAGUGUUUUGCUCAGGGAAAAGUAGAUAUUUUCGCGUAUGUUGCUGGUCUGCGUAAACAGCGUAAUCUUAUGGUCCAAUCGCAAGAACAGUAUGUCUUCAUCUAUAAGGCUUUGGCAGAAUGGCAUCUUUUUGGCUAUACCGACAUGGAUGUGGAGCAGCUGAAGGAACACUACCAAGCACUAAUUGAUCCUGGAGUCAGGUUUGUAAAUGUGAUAGGUUAUGGGUUUCACUGGAUGUGCUGUGUUAUCAUGCAUAAACUCGAACGUACUUUGGAACACCCAGCUAAGUGCUCGUUUGCUGCGAAAGAGGACAACGUAAUGAAGAAUCGCUUUGAUUCGGCUGUACCAUACGAUCGAAAUCGUGUUGUUUUGCGUGCGUCCAUAGGAUAUGCAGACACCACUUAUAUUAAUGCGAGCUCUGUUAAAGGCUACUUUUAUCCGUACGUUUUGGCUCAGGAUCCGGUGAGCGAGAACACGGUAUUCGACUUCUGGCGUAUGAUCUCAGAGCUUAAUGUCACGACAUUAGUUAUGCUUUCUAACGAGGAAGAUUGGACUCCAUCUGAGAAGUAUUGGCCUAGUGGAUUACAUAGUACCUCCGUCUACGAACGCCCUCCUUACCACGUAGCCGUACAGUUAACAGGCGAAGAAUACUUCCCCUACUUUAUUACUAGGAAACUCAGCUAUCGGAUGAAGGAAGAUACAGCUGCCCAAAAUGUGAUGCAAUUCGCCUUUACUGCUUGGCCGUCUUCAUGCGUUGUGCCGACAUCGUCAGAACCUCUGCUUUCGCUCGUUGGUCGAGUUUUGGAAAGACAGAGCGGUUUGCCCGAUUCUGGGCCAAUUGUUCUACAUUGCAGGGAUGGCUCUUCCGAAACGGGUGUCUACUGCUGCAUUUCGUUACUGCUGGAACGUUUGAAAGCUGAGCAACGCGUAGACGUGUUUCAAACAGUUAAAGGUCUUCAAAACCAAAGACCGCUUAUGUUUACAAAACUGGAACAUUAUGCGUUUUGUUACCAGGCGGUCAUCGAUUACAUCAGAUCGUCUCGAUAG